AUGACCAAGCACUCGUCGGUGGCGGCGCACCAGCACGGGCCUGUCGGCCGAGGACAAGCCACGGGACCGGACGGGGGUAUCCUCGCCCUCACCGCCUUCCAGCAAGGCGUGCUCUCGGUCUCGAACUCCGCCGUCCGCCUGCACUCCAGAGGUUGUCUGCUCCGCGCGACGUUUUCCGGGCUGGUGGAGAAACCCGGCGUGCGAGGCACACCGCCCACCCUGCACUAUCCCGAGAACCUCACCUGCUGCGCGCUCAACUCCCCCUCCACGAUGAUGGGCAUGGGCGCCGACUCGACCCACGUCACGGUCGGCUCCUUCGGAGGGGGCGCCGCGGGUGGGAUCCCGGGGGGGUCCCCUCCCUCCCUCUUUCAGCUGGACCCGGUGCCGGGCCUGCGGCUGGUGAAGGCGGUGGGGCUGCCGGAGGAGGCGGGGGUUACGGCGAUCGCGCGCGGCGCCAUGCUGGCGGUAGGCGGAAACGACGGGCGCAUCCGGCUGCUGGACCCGCGCCUCCGCAGCACUAGCGUCGAGCACGUACUCGAGGCGCACACCGGCCCGGUGCAGGCGGUGGCCGUGACGCCUACCGACGGCGUCAAGAUCGUAUCCGUGGGGAUGACGUCCAAGUCCCUCAACCCUUACGACACCUCCGCCCCGACCGAGCUCUUCGGGGACCCCGUUGUGCGGGUGUUCGACGCCAGGAUGCCCACGAGGCCCGGGCCGCCGCUGCAGUUCAGCAUGCUGGGGGCCCCGCGGCUGGUGCGGUUCCUGGCGGACGAGAGCCUGGCCCUCGCCUCGUCAUCUGGGCAGUUCCUGGUGUCCAAGGAGCCCUUCACCGGGGUCGGGGGGAGGCGUUGA